AUGACAAUUUGUGGGUACUACAAGGAAACACUCAACCCAGUCAAGUGGGAGACGUGUCCACUUCCAAGUCCAGAGGAACUGCUCGCAAGAGUGGGAAGAUGUGCAGUGUAUUUCCGGCUGGACUUGGAUCAAGCUUAUCAGGAACUCCAUGUCUAUGAGGACACCGCCAUGCUGCAGACCGUCAACACUCACAUGUGCCUGUUCAAGGUGACGCGAUUGCAGUUUGCAGUGGCUGUGGCCCUAGCCAUCUUUCAACCUUAUGUGGAAGGACUGUUCAGCGGACGUGAAAGGGUUCAAUGCUUUCGGGAUGACAUCAUCAUUGUUGGAAGAAAAGUCGCUGAGCAUGACGAAUGGCUGCGCAAGGUGCUGCAGCGUAUCCAAGACGACGGGCCUCGUCUGAAUGCCGACAAGUGUGCAUUUAGGGACAAGGAAGUGGCGUAUUUUGGGUACCGUGUCAACAAGGACGGAGUAAGUCUUUUGCGUGAAAACGUGGAAGUCAUCAAAAAAUCUCCGGAACUGAAGAACAAAGAGCUGAAGUUGUCCUUGGAAGCCUAA